UGCUUUCAAAAUCAUCCUCCUUGAGCAUGUAGCUAGCCUUGCGCAGCUUGCAGCUUGGGGCACAACCUCCAUUACAAGUAGUAUAGACAUCGUAGAUUCUAGGACCAAGGCAAGAGAGAGAAACCGAGACAGACUUAGUGCAUUUCAAUUUCGUAGUCCCUCGUGUUGGAACUUCAUAUAUUAUUCGGAACCAAAAUAAUUAUUAUUUCCUUGUACACUCCCUAUGAUCUGCAGGCUGCGCAGCUUCCUGUGAAGUGGUGAGCCGUGUUGAUGCAGGGACUUCUGUGGCUGGGUGAAUAAAUUCACUAGCUGUUCGCCUGGAUUUGAUAAGACCAGUGGCAGCCGACAAAUCAUGAGCCGGUGGCUGGUUGUCAUUCCUGUUUUGCUGCCGCAGUCCGCGGCGGUCUGCUAUUUUCUCUUUCCGAAUGUUUCGCUUAUCGGGCUUCUGACCGCGUCGGCUGCGUUUCCUUUACUAGUGGCUGCACUGGCGAGUAAGAACCCGGAGAUCAUCAUGCUGGUGUUGCUACCAUUCCUGGCAAUUUAUCAAGCUUUCAGCCUCCUGUCUGAACCGAUUCGGAAGUUCUUCAGCCCGCCGGACAUACGCUAUGUAGCGAAGGGCAAGGUGAAACGAGUGGCUGUGAUUGGCGCGGGCAGUGCAGGAAUAACAGCUGCCAAGGAAGCGAUGCAAGCAGGACUCGAUGUGGUUAUAUUUGAGCAGACCGCAGCGAUCGGCGGCAACUGGGUAUUCCGCGAGGAGGAGGCACACUCGAGUGUCUAUCGUUCUACGGUGAUCAACACGACUAAACAGAUGAAUGCUUUCUCCGACUAUCCGAUGCCAGAUGAAACAGCUACCUUUCCGCAUCACUCAGAGCUUGUCAAGUACUUUAACAACUAUGCGGAACACUUUGACGUGGUCAGUAAGGUCCGAUUCCACACCAAGGUGGUGGAUGUGCAGCUGAUUAGCCAGGACCGCUGGAGGGUUGUGUCGCGCGAAACCGAUCCCGAUGAAGUGGGAAAGCCAGACGAGAAGAAUGCUAAGGUUCGUUCAGACUGCGAGUCACCGGUCCCUGAUCCCAGCCAGCACAUCACUGAGGAGUAUGAUGCCGUGAUGGUGUGUAAUGGUCACCAUCAUCAGCCUCUCUGGCCCGAUUUCCCUGGUCAGGAGAAGUUCAAGGGCCAUGUCAUCCACAGUCAUUCCUACAAGGAUCCGACGUCGUGCGGAAAAGGCUUCAACUAUCACAACAAACGUGUCCUGGUUGUCGGUGUUGGGAACAGCGGUGCUGACAUUGCUGUGGAGCUGUCUCGAGUUACGGAAAAGUUGUAUCUCUCAACGCGCACUGGGCUAUGGGUGCUGCCGAAGUUUGUCGACGGCAUGGCGUUGGACCACACGUGGACUCUUAACCGUCUGAUCCAAAUGUGCCUACCCGAGGCCUUCACCCACACUUCCUUUUUCACCUGGCUCUUCUCCGACGUCGUGGAGUACAAAAUCACAAAGUCCCAGGGUGACAUGAAGGCCUGGGGUAUGCGGCCCAAGUAUCGUGCAGUCCAGUCGCACACCACUGUCAACCAGGACCUGUUGCACCGCAUCGGCGUCGGCUCCAUCGCCAUGCAGGACAAUGUGCGCGAGGUCUUGGAAGAUGGCGUCGUUUUCGAGGACGGCUCAGUGGUACAGCUGGACGCUAUCAUCUUCAGUACUGGCUACCUGAUCAGAUUCCCUUUCCUAUCCAAAGCCAUCUCGCCAGUGAAUGAUGAGAACCAUAUCAGACUGCACCAUUUUAUGAUCAACCCGAAGCAUUCGCCUACGAUGGUCUUCAUUGGAUUUAUCCAGCCUGUCGGUGCCCUCAUGCCCAUCAGUGAGCUGCAGGCACGUUGGGCGGUGCAGAUCUUUACCGGCGAACGUGGUAUACCCAAGCCUGAAGAGCUGGAGCGUCGCAUUUCUUCAAGGCUCAAUGAGUUGUGGAAGGUGUUUCUACGCAGACCGAGGCACACGACAGAGUCCCUGUACUCUCCCAUCGUUGAAGCUCUCGCUGAGGAGAUUGGUUGCGUCCCGCGGUUGUGGAAUCCUCGAAACUGGAAGGUUCUGAAGGAGCUACUGCUCUCGCCGCACGGUUGGUCCGUCACGUAUCGUCUCCAGGGACCGGGCAAGUGGACCGGUGCAGCCAGUGCGCUAAAGAAGGCCUACAAUCAAAUGGGACAAUUCCCUUGAGCAACACCGGAGCAGCGUAGCAACAGCCAUUGGCCACGGUCACCUGGUUCCUCCUUGCUUUCUUUCCGGCUCUCCAAAGGAGAUGGAUGCAGAUCGUUUUAUAUCUUCAUUUCAUGCGGGUGCUCACCUCUUACUAUGCAACAGUGCAGUCUGCGAAGUUGAACGCUCCGGGUCUGGUGAAUACUAGCAGCGCGGCGGUACGCAUGUGCCUCAACCGAUGCUGUGUUUCAGCUCCACUGAUUAGGCAUUGUGAUCAAGUACGAACGAAUGACAAACUGUACGCCUGUGCCUCAACCGGUGCUGUGUUUCAGCUCCACUGAUUAGGCAUUGUGAUCAAGUACGAACGAAUGACAAACUUGCAGGCAGGUAAUUUCAGUCUUCUACCAUACUUUGGUUUGGGGCACGUGUUGCGCCAGAGUCUAUACUAUUCCCCGUGUUUCUCGGGGUAUUUUAUUUGUUUUUAAGAUUGUAGAUCUGAUUAGUUCACGAUUAUAAAGAGUUUAUAACUUUACGAAUGAACAGAUCUUUUUUGCGUGACAGCUUAGAGAAAGGCUGUCCGCCAUGCAACUGUUUGCUCAGACACUGCUUGCAGCUUCAAAACAAAAUUUAUCAUGUGUAGGAAUUUGAGUCUCCUAUUUUCACAUAGUCCUGUGAGCGUUAAUUUCCCCUGAUUGGGCUGGAUAGCACGUGUAUUUUCAAGCAGGUAGUACAGUAGAAGCAAAACUGUUGAAGGCUGGUCGGUUUUACUACUCCUUGGUUGUGAACAACCCUUGUGGCUUGUUGGCUACUAGUAUUUCCUAUUCACUACCAUGUGUAUUUGCUCGAAGCCCAUCUCGAACCUUGUUCACGAAAUUGUAAGUUCUAUUCGAAAUUCUUCUAAUUUUUACGGAUCCUAAUUUUUCUCCUUCUGCUUUUAGCAAUUGUGAAUUAUGAGUGAAACUGA